AUGCGUUUGAUUGUCCGAGAGCGCCCUGAGCAGGCGGCGCAGUACAUCGCCGCGUAUAUUGUCAAACGAAUCAAUGCCUUUAGUCCCACAACAGAGCGGCCAUUUGUCCUAGGACUACCGACAGGCAGCAGCCCUCUACCCAUAUACCAAGCGUUGAUUGCCGCAUAUACUCGAGGCGAGAUCUCAUUUCAACAUGUCGUAACAUUCAACAUGGAUGAGUAUGUCGGUCUGCCUCGCGAUCACCCCGAGUCCUACCACUCCUUCAUGUACAACAAUUUCUUCCGACACAUCAAUAUCGACGUGAAAAACGUCAACCUCCUCGACGGUAACGCCACAAGUUUAACAGAGGAGUGCAUUGCGUACGAGGCCAAGAUCAAAGCCGUUGGCGGAAUUGAACUAUUCCUUGGUGGUGUAGGCAGUGACGGUCAUAUCGCAUUCAAUGAGCCUGGAUCAAGCCUGGCUAGUCGGACUCGAAUCAAGUCCCUCGCCCAUGAGACUAUCAUCGCUAAUGCGCGGUUCUUCAAUGGUGACAUUGACGCUGUGCCGCGCAUGGCGCUGACGGUAGGUGUUCAGACCAUCAUGGAUGCUAGAGAGGUGGUUAUUAUCGCAACUGGGGUUUCAAAGGCGCUUGCUAUCCAGCAGGCUGUUGAGGGUGGCAUCAGCCACUUGUGCACAUUGUCUGCGUUGCAACUACACUCAUCCAGCAUGGUUGUCGUUGACGAGGAUGCUACGAUGGAGUUGAAGAUGAAAACUGUCAGGUAUUUUACGGGCGUGGAACGCACCAUUCUUUCAAAGGGAAUGAGCAGCGAGACUCCGCCAUCGCUUACACUGGCCACCUCGAACGAUGGGACGUGGAGGGAGCCGGAGGAUGGAGAGUUGACUCCGGAUAUUUGA